CUUAUCGUUUAUUCGAGACCCUCUUAAAACGAGAAUUUUGCCAAACUUGAACUACUGUGGCGUGCGGUACCACCAACCCAACAAUGCUGGUACUGCUGUUGGUUCUGUCCACCCUAAGUUUUUCAAACUGCCAACAAUGCCAAAGUCGCGAUUACGGCAACGGGGGGACCGUGUGUGUGUGCAACGCCACGUAUUGUGACACAAUCGCAAGACCCCAAAGAGUGCCCCCAUCCCAAUUUCUCACAUACACCUCCAACUUGGCUGGCCUGAGAUUCAGCCAAACGAGUGGGACGUUUGCCCCUCGACCCAACUCCUCCAACCGUAUUUACCUAAACUCGAGCAGGGUGUACCAAACAAUCAUUGGCUGGGGUGGAGCUUUCACUGAUGCGACCGGAAUCAACAUUGAAUCGCUACCAGCCAACAUGCGGGAAAUGUUACUAGAAUCGUACUAUUCGCCCAAUGGGCUUGAAUACAGUCUUGGGAGAGUUCCGAUUGGAGGGACGGAUUUUUCGGUACGACCGUACUCUUAUGACGAUGGUGGACCGGAUCCAGACCUGAUUAAUUUUGCCCUAGCCCCGGAAGAUUUACUCUAUAAAAUUCCAAAUAUUCAAAGGGCAAUUAAUUUGACAAACGGCAACAUCAAGCUUUUUGCCUCAGCAUGGACGGCACCCAGAUGGAUGAAAACGAAUGGGGACUACAGCGGAUAUGGAUUUAUUCGAAGGUUUUUCUACCAGACUUGGGCAAACUACUAUGUCAGGUUUUUGGAUGAGUACCGACGACGCGGUGUCAAUUUUUGGGGAAUUACCACAGGGAACGAACCAGCUGAUGCUUUGAACCCUUUCGACCAGCUUGAAGUCGUUGGUUGGCCUUCAUGGUUGAUUGGAGACUGGAUUUUAAACAAUCUAGGACCAACAAUUCGAGGAUCUCCUAAUUACUCAAAUCUGACAAUUAUGAUACUUGAUGAUCAAAGAGUAUUUCUGCCUUGGUAUAUAGUCAGAGCACUAAAUAAUAACAGAACGCGACAAUAUAUCGACGGUAUUGCUGUUCACUGGUACCUGGACUUAUACUCCUCACCAGAUUUGCUAGACCAGACUCAGAGACUUUUCCCUGAGAAAUUCAUUUUAGGGACGGAGGCUAGUGUCAUGCCAGCUUCGUACGAAACGCCAGUUUUAUUAGGUUCAUGGACACGCGGUGAAGAAUAUUCUUCCGACAUAAUAACAGAUAUGCAACACUGGGUCACCGGUUGGGUCGACUGGAACAUGGCGCUGAAUCCUGAUGGUGGGCCCAAUUACAUCCGAAACUUCGUCGACUCCACCAUCAUAGUAAACGCCACGAGUGCCGAGUUUUACAAACAACCCACCUAUUACCACUUCGGACAUUUCUCCAAAUUUGUACCCAGAGGAUCAGUUAGGAUUGACUGCAACCUAGUCCUCAGCGAUAACUCUACGGAUGUUGACAGUGUUGCUUUCAGAAGACCGGACAAUGGUACCGCCGUAGUCAUUUUAAACAGAAACCCAACAGCAGUAUCGCUCAACAUAUUGGAUAACUCUAGAGGUACCGCCCCCAUAGCAAUAACAGCAAAAUCCAUUACAACUGUUUUGUACUGGUAACAAGUGUUAAAUAAAUGAUUAUUCAACAACGUACAA